AUGAAGAUUGGGAUUGGGAUCGGGAUCAGGAUUGGGAUUGCUAUGAAGAUUGGGAUUGGGAUUGGGAUUGGGAUUGGGAUUGGGAUCGAGAUCAAGAUUGGGAUUGGGAUCGGGAUUGGGAUCAGGAUCAGGAUGAAGAUUCGGAUUGGGAUCAGGAUCAGGAUUGGGAUGGGGAUCAAGAUCAGGUUCAAGAUCGGGAUCAGAAAUGGGAUUAGGAUUGGAAUCGGAAUCAUGAUUGGAAUCAGGAUCGAGAUCAGAAUCAGGAUUGGGAUCGGGAUUAGGAUUGGGAUGGGGAUGGAGACUGGGACCAGGAUCGGGAUCAGGAUUGGGAUUGGGAUCAGGGUUGGGGUCAGGAUCAAGAUCAGGAUCAGGAUUGGGAUCAGGGUUGGGGUCAGGACCAAGAUCAGGAUCAGGAUUGGGAUUAGGGAUCGGGGUCUGGGUCAGGAUGGGAACCAGGAUUGGGAUCAGGAUUGGGAUUAG